UUUAUUAGAGCAAGAAAAACAUAGUUGUAGUACACCCUGGGGUAUUUGAACACUUUUUUUUUAUAUUUUUGUAGUGAAACACAUGUUGGAAAAUUAUGUGGAUGCACUUGUAAAUGCAGUCGCGCGUUUAUUGCUGGCAGCAACCACAGUAUUCCUGGGGUUGACGAGACUCUAGACGGCAGCGAGUGCCGCGCCGAAGUCUUUAAGGAUUAUGCUGAAAAACGAAGCUUGUCUUAUGCUGACAUAAAUGGUGGUUUGGCCCAGUUUGAGUUGCAGCAUAGAGUGCAGAUGCCAGUGCUGAGAAUAACCCACAACUUUCGGGCUGUGCAAAGACCUCAGUUGCGCAAGGUUUAUCUCUAUGGCUGUCCGCUUUUUCCCAAUUGCGUGUCGACAACUAACCAGAAUAACGAUUUCCAGUGUCCGGACACCAGUGAUCAAAUUGUACACAAGGCGCUCUUGGCGGAUAACGUAAAUAACAUAACAAAGCUACCAGGAUCCAUGGACUUUUGUACUUUCAAUGUGAAUUCAGAGGAACUUGUUCCAAGGACUGACACCAAAAAGUUGUAUGUACCAUCGGACAACUGGCGCGCUAAAAGGCUGCUCGAAAUCAAUGAGCUGGCGUUCUUAGCUUUAUUUGAGAAUCAUAUCCCAAACGCAAGUGGCCUGAAUAUCGAUCUCAAUGUGUGCCGAUGCAGUCUGUGCUCGAAAAGGAAAAGCGCGAUAGAGUCAACUGUGGCAAAGGCUAAACAGCUAGUCGAUGAGACUGUUCAGUCAGUGUGUUUGCUACAUUCCUCUGCCUUUGCCUCUCAUUCCAUCAAAAGGGACCCAAAUUUGUACUUUAUCAGCCUUGCUCACUUGCUAAUGGUCAUCGCGUGCCUCCGUGGACUGCCCUAGAGCAAAGUUGAACCGGCACGAGCUUGUGCUAAAUGUGUUUUCGAUGGCAGCAUAGCUGUAACACACUGUUUCAAUUCUUAAACGGAAACAACACUAAACUAAAUUUGUCUACUAAAAGAUUUCGACUAGGGAAGUCUGUUGAGCAUC